AUGAAUCUGUUCCAGACCCUUUGUACCCGCGGUCCAGAGCAUAAGAAGUCGUUGAAGCCCCAACAACACAAGGUGUUCAUCGUUGACUUCGAUGUUGACGAGACGACAUAUUGCGUCGAGGAGCAUCUUGCCACAUACGCUCCGCGUGCCGACUUCUCAAUAACCAACCUUCACAACCCAGAAGAGAUCCGGGCAGUAUUUGCCAAAGCCACAGAGUUCUUUGGUGGUCGUAUCGAUGUUGUCAUCAACAACGCAGGCAUCGCCAGAGGUUUCUUCAACGCUGGCAAUGGCACCAUGGAAGACCUUGCCACAGCCGACCAAUGGCAAGCAUACAUCGACACUAACCUUAGCGCGCCUUUCUACAUGAGCCAAGCCGUCAUCCCUUUCAUGAAGAGCCCAAACAAUCAAGAUGAGGCCGUCCAUCAAUCCAACGACUUGAAGCGCACAGAAGAAUUCAACAACCUGCCCCUCAACUUACACGGCGAUGAUAAGCUUGACGAGGGUGGCUGCAUCAUCAACGUCGCUUCUUUCCGCGCACACCAGUCUGAUCCCGACUGCGAAGGCUACGCAGCCUCCAAGGGCGGUGUCCUCGCGCUCACACAGGCCAUGUCCGUCUCCUGCCAACGCUGGGGUAUUCGGGUUGUGGCUAUCUCUCCUGGAUGGGUCAGCGUGCAGCACGAAUGCAAGGCCCGCGACCUCGAAUCCAUCGCCAUGCAAAAUGGCUCGUACAAGAAGGUCGCGCCACAUGAACCCGAAGCGUUAGCACAGCGCAUGAAGUCGUGGGCGAGCGAUCUUCCGGAUAUUCAUCACAGGCAGCAUCCCGCUGGACGAGUUGGGAGGGGUGAGGACCUGGCAGAGAUGGUAGACUACGUUAUUGGUGCGGGCUUCUUGAGUGGGCAGGAGCUGGUUCUUGAUGGUGGUGCCAACCGGAGAAAGAACCCAGAUAUCUAAGACGUUAUCAGAGCCAAGAUAUGGCAUGUUGAAUAAGUGAGCCUGUCUUCAUCCAAUUAAUCGAGAAGUUCAAUCCGA